AUGAAAAAAAGGUGUACAUCUUAACUAAAAGUAAUGAAUCAAUAAGGCUUAAAUAAAAUGAGGUCAAAGAGUAGUUUAGCUAAGCACAGGAUGAGAGUAGAUGUUGAUAAAUUAAUCGAAGAAUUAUAAAAAUCGAUUGUUAAAGAGUCAAACAAAUAAUCAAUACACCAGACAACUGCAGUGAUAAAAAUAGGAAAAGAUAGUAAUCUUAAUCCAACAGACUACUCAAGAAUUACAUUUAAAAAGCCUGGAUUUAAACUUAGUGAUAGAUUUAAAUCUUAGGAGAAGACUCAGCUUUCUAGGGAGAACAAAUAGAAAAGAGACGUUCACUCCUCUAAACUUUCAAUGUUAUUGCUUUCUGAUUCCUAAAGCGAAGAGGAUUAGGAUUAGCACAAAAACUUAGUUGCAAAUUAUAAGGAUUUAGGAAAACGUGAGCUAGAUAAUCUAACCAAGGGGUCUUGCCGAUAAAUGAAAAAAAAUUCGUAAAUUAAAGACUAUGUUAAGAAUUAUUAUGCUUAAAGAGAUCUACAAAGAUAGGAAGUUAUUAGCAACCUUUUACUUUCUAUAAAUAAUGGCGUUGCCACAAACCUAUCUCCAGCUCUCUCUAGAGUGAAAUUUAAUCGUUAUUAGGAUGAACAAAAGCGAAUGCAAGAGGAUAAGUUACUCGAAAUUGAAACAUAAAAUUUUCCUAAAAACAAAUAAGCAUAUAAAAUAGAUCAGGAAAUGAAAGAAUUGUAAAAUCCUAAUUAGAGCAAAAAUAGAUUAUAAAUUCCACUUAAUUAAGAAAUAAUCCAAGUCAAUGAACAGAUGAAAUAUUUAAGGUUAAGGAUUGAUAGCCAGAAGCGAUAGGCAUUUAGCCGUAUUAUGCCCAGAUCCCAGUUUUUGAAUCAAUGA